AUGUUAACCAUUAUCGAACGGCGCGAUAUGUACGGCUUGGUGAACCUGAUUGGUGGCUUCACGGGCGAUCCCAGUGAGAUCGAUCCAGAUGCAUUUAACAUGAAUGCUUACAGGUACGAUUUCAUUCCACCCACGGAAGACCUAGCCUUCGACAUCUAUCAGGACCCUGAAGUUGCUAACAUCAUCCGUCGCUUGGAGAAACUGAAACAGACAGCUGUACUGCAGGAGCGCUUUGACCGUGCCCAGAAAAUCCGUGACUCCAUUGGGAUGUUACAACAAGUUGGCGAACGUUUGGGUCGCUUGAACUUGGAGAAGCAAGAAGCCAUAGAGGUGGAGAACUACGAACGUGCCAAGCUGAAGAAAUUUCAAAUUGACGAGCUGCGGUCGACCAUGUUCGAAGACUUAGAUUUGAUGAACCUGCUGGCGGACAUCCCUAGUGAAGCCGAUUUCUCUGAACCUCAAGUUAUCGGCCGUAUCUUGCAACGUUACGCCUACCUUCGUGGAAAGCGGGAGGUUUUGCGCAAUCUUUCCCACUCUACACUGCAACCUCUAACUAUUCAACGCUGCAAUUUACCUCCAUCCUCCCAUAUUUCAACUGCAGGCCGUCCCGCACACGUGCGGUUGUCUACAUUAGAUGCGGUAAUCAACCCUAGCAAAGAAGAUCUGGACCAUUCCAUUAGACACUCGGACGUUAAGACAGAGGAACAACACAUAUGUCGGUGCCCGCCUGCAGACCCCGAUGAGCGUCCGCUUCCUGCUCUCAGAAUCAGUCCUCAAAACAACAGUGCCGCGGUGGAAUCUUAUCCUAGCGACCAUGUGUGCUGCGAGGCGCAUCCAGAUGAGUCACCAGAGCCGGAGCCUCCGUGUAUGCACAUGCCGGUGACGGAACAUCUUCCAACCGUUGACGAAGCUCAAGAAUUAAGGGAAAUGGAGGAACUACAGGAAUUACAUGCCAAGAAAGUUGUAGAAAAACGUCCUUUUGAAGUGCUAACUCAAGGUCCAACUCCAGCUGAGGUACCGGAAGGGCCAGAGCAGCUGAGUGAGAACGCUCGACGGCAAGCCAGUGUUGCAAUCGAUGUUGUCGGACUUGACCUGGUUACAAAGGCACUGAGCAAAUGCUGGAGCUUCCGGGAACAAGCAUUAGUAGAGUUAGAAAAGAGAGUAACUGCACCGAAGCUGCCUCCACCAGUUUCAGCCCCGGAUAUGAUUGAUCCCGAUCCUCGUGCUGAGCUUCGAUCAACCACUUUCCUACUGAAACGUGCACUUCAAGAUCAAGUUCUAUCUAUUUUCCGUCUCGCGACUUACUUCAUCAAGGGAACUAUAGUGGAUUUUGCUGACCGAUAUUCCAUACUACGCGUCGAACUCCAUUACGCCCUGGACAAACUGAUUCCGAUCCUGUUUCAGAGAAUUGGUGACACUUCGGCGCGCAUUCGCGAAGUCGCAAAAUCUCAGAUUCUUUCUAUGGCCCAAUGGCCUCAGCUCCGCCACAAUGCAACUUUUUGGAAUGAACUCCUCCGGCCUUUCUCCUCGGUCACCUUGGAUAGACUUGCACUGAGUCGUAUGGAAUUGGUAACCGAAUUGUACGCAGCUCGAGGUCUUGAUUCCCAUGGUCCAGAACACACCCAUGGAUUUACAUUAGAUGCUGUGGCAGCUUUCACGGCCAAGGCACUUACCCACCGGUCGAAAGAAGUUCGCGAAGUCGCCGAAAAUCUGAUGGUGGCCCUAUACCGAUCCGAGAAUCGUGCCGUUAUCCGACACGCAAUGCCUCCGGAGGACAUUAAUGCUCACAGACAUCCACUGUACCGACGGCUGUUUGGAAAGUUUGAGCGAAUCGACGAAAAAUAUUUACCUUCGGAGGUUCCUAGUGGUGCAUCGCCUCAACGUACUCCGAAAGGGCGAAAAGAGCCUGAUGUGCAUCAGGUUGAAGUGAAGCAAUUACGAUCAAUAAUGAGUAAUAGGGGUAAAAAGAGUGUCCCUUCCAAGCCCAGUAAUCAGCGACCACACACGCCAGAAACCGCAGUCAAACCCGCUACUCGUUUUUCGCCGCAAAAGUCUACCAAACGCGGAAGGAAAAAGGUCAAAUCACCUCCCUCUCGGCCGGAUAGUCGUUCGAACAAGUCAAAGUCUCGCGAGCGCACCUCCCCACUACCACCACAAUCAGCUCAGCUGGUGACUGAGGCGGAACUCUUACUGAAUUUGGACAAAACCUGUAUCUUUUGCGGGGAACAGAAUGAUUCCUUCACAGAAGAGGGGUUGGAUCUGCAUUAUUGGAGCGAUUGUCCUAUGCUUCACAGAUGUCCUGAUUGCAAGCAGGUUGUCGAAAUCGCAAGCAUGACCGACCACCUCUUGAAUGAAUGUGAAGCUGCACCUCCAGGCCAUUACACACGGUGUGAUGUAUGUUCGGAGGCAGUUCCGGAACCAGAACUGAGAACCCAUGCAUGUCUGCCCUCGACCCGUAAUGGACUACGCUGUCCGCUUUGCCACAGCGACCUUCCGGCGCCCGGUUCUACAGAUUUGGUCCCUGGUGGUCCUGAAGACAUUUGGAAAUCCCAUUUGUUAGGUCUCGACCAGGCGAACAUGCCAGUUUGUUCGAAAAAUCCUCGACGUAAAACUAAACUUAAAAAAGCGAUUCAUCUGGGGUCACAUGUUUACCAUUCCCCGCAACGGUCUGAUGGCAAGAACCGGAAAGGCAAGUGCAACAAUCUGUACUUCACAAGGCUAUUGUUAAGACUGACGGAUGCAGAUAAAAUGAAAACGGGCAUACCCAGGCCUACCAACCCCAUUCACAUUCGGUGAGACCGCUGGUUCAGUCUGUUACAGAGACCUUAUUGACAGUCCCACGUACAUUACAAUGCAGAACAACAUCUCAGAUGGUGCUGUGCCCGUCUCUAACUGACGCGAAGGUUCGAUCAACAACUAAGGAAUUUAGUUCCUUGUGUUUGUUCUCCAAUGGAUUCUCUCUUCUCUGAUGCGAAGUCAGUUUUGCCCUGGUGCUCAAACUUCUGACAAAACUUCCGGAAUUCCAAAAGACAUCGGUCACAUCCAAAAUUCCCAUUCAACUUGUAUUUGCUAUACAAACUGUAAAAGAAGCGAAUUUCUCCCAGCUACUGAUUUCUCGAUUUGUACACACCAUUUGAUAUGUCCGAUUUCGCAUGGUUCGUUGUCAAAUCCAUUUACAUGAUCAGCGAAAUAGCCUGACAUUUUUUCACUCGCUGCGGACGAUUUAUACACUGUUUGAGCUGCCCUGUAUUCUCACCCUGUCGUCAUCAAGUUUGGUACUCCAAUUUUCGUAGGAGCUUUGCUUUUGAUUUCCUCCAUGUAAUCUUGGGGACAA